ACACACAAGAUGGCGUCAGAGAACGAGAAGCACGAACACUAAGGAAUUUGUUCAGUGGUAUCUGUGUCUGUGAAUUAUAUUGAAGGAAAAAGAGUGUUUUGUUUAUAAAUUUAAUUGCAAAAACUGCACAUAGUCACACGGGGCGCGUGCACGUACAUCGACGCACACGCACACCCACGCCCACGUCGCCAAACCGAGUGUGUUAUCAAUGAAGUAGUGCCCCAACAACGCCAACUACAUUUUUUAGCGACCGAGGGACGGAAAAAAAUGGCGCCCGCAGCCAGAGCAACUUGACUUUCUUUUCGGUCUAUAUAGUAGUUCGCCCCCGUCUCGUUGCGGCGAACGAAUGCGGUGAUUUUCGUCGUGGUUUUCGUCGCAGUGCGAUAGCCCCCAAAAAAGAUUGAAAAAGUGCUUAAAAACCCAAACGACUUGAAUUUGUUGUGUAUAUUUUGGCUUCGAACACAGCCGCAAAAAUACCAUUACCAAUUUCCACUUACUACUACUAGAGGAGGCUAGUAUUUUGUACGUGCUUUAGAAUACAUACAUACAUACCUACAUAUACCACAAGCAAGCGAGAAGUGCAAUUACAUUUGCGUUUGGAAAUUUUGCGCUUUUUUCUCUUCCGUCCCCCCGAAAUUCCCGCUCCCCUCUCUCUCUCUCUGCCUCUGCCCCGCCCCCCGCAUUGUGCUAAAUAAUGUGCGCCGCCCAGAAUCCGACGCCCUUCGGCUAUACCUGGGGUUUUGCGGACAACGGCAGCCGCGCCGAAUCGGUACUGGAGAUAUCACCCAACAUCAAUUACACCACGGUCGGCGGAGAGUCGAUGCCCUAUUUGUUAUCGACGGAUGGAUCAUUAGCCGUUCAAAAGGAUGUUAAAGGCCUUACAGCUGGCGGCAAAAAUAAUGUUGUACGUCGCAUGUUCGUGGUAAACGAUCCUUCAUUUCCGCCUGGAACACAGAGAGUUAUCACCGCCGGAGGAGCAUCGACGGUGGUCAAGAAGCAGGACCCCAACCAGCAGGUGCUGAGCCUUGACAAGAACUAUCUGCUGGUAGAUCCGGCUACGGCCGUAGCAGCUGCAGCCGCGGCUGGUGGGGAUCCGGGGCUCGCCCACCACCACACCUUGACCAACGGCAGCAUCGUUGAUGCCAAGACCGGACAGACGGUGCUAACCGCCGGCUCUGCGGCGGCCAAGUCGCACUUCAGCUCGAUCGGAGCACUGCAUCUCACGCAAGAGGAGUGCAACGAGAUCCUGAUCAAGCGCGCCAUCGCUGCCGGCCACCAUCAGACGCACACGAUCACCGCUGCCGACGGAUCCCAUCACCAUGCGUCCGGCGGGACACCAAGCUUUUGUUCCGUCGGCGGUGCAACAACACUCUUAGGUGACAUACUUCCUGGUAUUUCAGUUCAAGUACAGAAAGUAAUACAAGGACUGGAGGAUAACGAGGACUCGCAGGGCGAAGCACCCAACUUAAAGUUGGAGCCAGGCACAUUGGAGUUGUCCCCAAAGACCGAACUACAGGAAUCAAUGCAUUUCAGCGAAACGGACGCCACCAUCAAGAAGGAACGCCCGUACAGUUGCGACGAGUGCGGCAAGUCCUUUCUGCUCAAGCAUCAUUUGACAACCCACGCACGCGUGCACACAGGUGGUGAACGACCCCACAUCUGCACCCACUGCGGCAAGAGCUUUGCGCACAAGCACUGUCUCAACACUCACCUGCUGCUCCACUCCACGGAGAGACCUUAUCAGUGCCAGGAGUGCAAGAAGAGCUUCACCCUCAAGCACCAUCUUCUGACCCAUUCGCGGGUCCACAGUCGCGAGCGACCGUUCGUCUGCCAGGAGUGCGGACGCGCCUUUCCGCUCAAGCGACACCUGGUCACGCACAGCAAGUUCCACGCCGGUGAGCGGCCGUAUGUCUGCGAGGAAUGCGGUGAGAGCUUUGCCCAGGAGAACCACCUGAUUAUGCACUCGCGCUUCCAUGGUUCAUUGAAUCCAUUUGUAUGCGCUGACUGCGGGGCAUCGUUUCCACGCAAGUUCCAAUUGGUUAACCACGGACGUAUUCACGGCAAGAUACCGCACUCCUGCACUGUGUGCGGCAAAGAGUUUCUGCAAAAGCGAACGCUUGUUUCACACAUGAGACGGGUACACACUGGCGAGCAGGCCCAUCCUUGCGUCAGCUGCGGCGAGGGAUUCCUCACCAAGGCUGAGCUUCAUCAGCACGUGAGGACGGCGCACAAUGGCGUCAAUCCCAAUACGAGCAGUGCCACCAUCAUAGCCAAUCAGCAGCAGCUGCAACAGGCCCAUCAUCAUCAGGCCGGCCACCAGACGCAUCCGCAGACCAUAACCGUGGUGAGCAAUCCGGGUAACUCUACGCUGCUGACUGUCUCCACCACGGAUGCCAAUGGCGUGGCACGUCCGCAGUUUGUGUGCCGGGAGUGUGGCAGCGCCUUUAAUAGCCGAGAAGCCUUGGCUCUUCACUUGCGCCUUCACACUGGCGAUAAGAGCCUGAUGACAGAUCUGUGUGCCUUGACAGCCGCGCUGCCGGGACACUUUUUGAGCACGGCCAGCCUGAAUCCGGGCACCGUGGUCACGGCCAACCCGAAUCUGGUGGGCCAGAGCCCUGUGCCAGUGCAGAUCAUAUCGUCCACCGGUCAGGUGAUGUCGCAGACUACGCUGGUGCAGGCCGCCAACUCGACCCAUCCCCAAGCGGUGGUCACCGCGGUGCCUACGAUGCCGGUGCACGGCCAGCAGCAGCACCUGCAGCACGUGACCCAGCAGCAGCAGCAGCAGCAACAACAGCAGCAGCAACAGCAGCAGCACGUUGUUUCCGUGGCGCCGGCCAACAAACCGAAGUCGCACUUCUGCGCCAGCUGCGGCAAGGGAUUCGCUGCCAAGCACGGACUCAUGCAGCACAAUCGCCGGCACCCGAACGGUGGCUGCACAGUGCGCACCCACGUGUGCGAGUGCGGCAAGGCCUUCUUCCAGAAGAACCACCUGAUGCUGCACCAGCGCCAGCAUUUGGAGACGAAGCCAGCCAUAUCGCAGCAACAGGAGGCUUCUGCCCAGCAGCAACUGGUGGCUGCCAACGAUCAGCAACAGGUGCAGGUCCAGAUAAUACCCGAUGGCCAAAUUCACGGCAAGGUGAUCAAGUACGAGAUCUGCCGCAGUGUGUUGCCGGAGGAUCAGCAUCAGGAGCAGGAGGACAUGAGCGCAGAGUAACCGGGAGCGAUUGUAAAUACGUGGCAAGUGCAAGUGCAAGUGCAACAGCAACAGCAACACACAAGUAGCAAUAGCAUCAGUGCAUUGCAUAACACCAGCACACUCGGACAGACACAGGCAGAUCCCUCCCAGAAAGGUCCUCGGAGUGGAGCGCAUGCGUCGUGAGCGAUUCCCUUAAGUGUAAUAUUUUAGUUAGUCUUAGGUUACCGGCUAAGUAAUCGCAUUGUACACAUAAUAGUUAACUAGCGUUACAGACAUGAACACACCUUAUAUAAUAUAUAUAUAUACAGACAUAUAUAGAUUUACGUAUAUAGAGUAUCUGUUAAUUUUUGCGAUGCCUUGGUCGCAUCUAAAACAACAACCUGUAUGAGUUGCAAGUUUUAAAGAGUUACGUUCAAUUGGUUUUACGCAUUACACGAGUUUUAAUAACACAACUUAUACACAAACUUAUAUUCAACUAGACGACAAAUAUUUAUGCUUAAGUGUAAACUGUAUACAUAUUAACACGAAACAUAGACGACUACGGAUAGUUCUAGACACUAGCAAGCGUUGCACUUGAAUACGUAAUCCAGACAUGGAGGUUUGGUAUGGGCGUUUGCGUGGUCGCGAACGUUGCUCUGGGUUCUUCUGCCCAGAAUAUCGCGUUGGUGCCGGCAGCACAUUUCGAAUGUACAUACGAGAAUCGAAGCUCGCUCCAACUCCAAACAACUGAAGAACUGGUCUGACAGAGCGGAGGGAUUCCAGUAGGAGUCCGGGGGCUAAGGAAUGUGGAGUAGGUGCCUGGCACGAAAACUAGCUAACACAGAUAUCCAGAUAGCGUAGGUGACUGCAAUUGUUUGACAACCCAAAACGCAGCCUAGCAAACUAAAAACUUUAAAAAUUAUUCAAUGAAAUUAGUACACAAGAUGCAGCUACACGAACAGACACUCUUAUAACCGACCCACAUCAUCCAAUGCACGCUUGGCGACGUAUAUCACACUGUAAAAAUUCUAUGUUAAGUCUUAGGAACGCAUUAAAGGCAGACGGAACAUAAUUGGUAAUUAUCGUAAUCUGAUAAAUGAAACAAUAAAUAAUGAACAUACA